AGCUGAUAAAAGGCCAAAACUUUGAUUUUGCCAUUGAAGGGCAAAGAGAGAGAGAGAGAGAGAGAGAGAGAUCUUGUUUGCCCUCGUCUAUCCGAGAUCUUAUCUGCCUCUCAUCCUCUCCUCAAUUGCUCUCGUGCUGUGAUUCGGCGGAAUGUGAUGCUUUUGGUGAUUGUUUUGAGGGCUGGUUGGUAGCUAGAGGUGGAGAUUUAAGGGAGUGUGUACAGAUGAGCUGGAGUAAUUUUAUGGCAAGACUGGUUCUUUAUCGUUUUUUGUUUGUUGUUUGAUUGGUGGAGUUGAGUUUUUUAUUUUUUAUUUUUAUUUUUUUAAUUUGGAUUUCAUUUGUGUUUGGUAUGGAGGAACUUGCAGCAACUUGAACUAGUUUAUCUCUUUGGAUUUGCCCUAAUUUUGUGGUACAUCUCGUGGAUCUGUAUGGAUUUUUGGGGAAAGAAAACCUUUGACAUUGAAUGAGAGUUUUGAAUUUGAAUUUUGAAAUUUUUGUUAUGGAAUUAGGAAGGGUUUGUAGUAUUUGUAUGGAUAUUGCUGUGAGUUGGCCUUUUGAUUUGCUGGUCCUGUUUGUAAGGUUGGAUGUUGGUUACUUUGUCUUGUAACUUCUCUGCUAGACAUGGUCUUUGGCUUGAUAAUUUAUUAAAAACUCAAUCUUGGCCUGUUUAUGGCCUCUGUUUUCUUCUGGCAUUUCUUUCCGCCAUUGAUGUAAACUCAUUCCACAGAUCUCAGGAUUGGGAGGAGAUAUGUGCAUGUACUGCCUUUUCUAUUUCCUGGAACAGUUCUUGUAUUUGAUAAUUUUGAUUUCUGAAAAUCUUCUUCUUUUUUUCAGAAGAUUAAUAAGUAUGCUAUGCAAAUGUUACAAUUACUUUUGUUUUGUGAAGCUUAUAAGAAGCAAUUUAUAUCAGUGUUUCAACAUGCUCUUUGAUUUGUUAUGGUGGUUUUUGUUUGUUAAGUGGCCAACUGAUGUGUAUUUGUUUCACAUACUGAGUGUCUGCAGAACGUUGAUUGUUUUAGUUUCAUCUUUGAAAUAAAUAUGAAGUUCUGCUCUAAGAAACAGAGUAACUCCCUCAAGCCUAUUCGCGCCAGUGGCAAAUCUCCUUGUUUCUGUCUGUUCCCCAAAAUCCACUCAGCAUGUCAAACACAAGGCGGUGUACCAGUUUAUCUCAAUGUAUAUGACUUGACUUCCAUGAAUGACUAUAUACGUUGGGCCGGCAUUGGAGUAUUUCACUGUGGAAUAGAAGUUUAUGGUGUGGAGUAUGCUUUCGGAGUUCACAGCUAUCCUACCAGUGGUAUUUUCGAGGUCGAGCCUCGACGAUGUCCAGGCUUCAGAUUUAGGCAGGCGAUCUUCAUGGGCAUGACAAGUUUGAAUCCAAAUCAAAUUAGUGAAUUUAUGGAGCGCCAAUCUCUGAACUACACCGGAGACACCUACCACUUGAUCACUAAGAACUGUAACCAUUUCUGCAACGACAUCUGUUAUAAAUUGACAGGAAAUUUAAUUCCAAAGUGGGUGAAUCGCCUAGCAAGAAUAGGUGCAAUUUGCAGCAGCAUACUGCCCAAGGCUCUUAAAGUUUCUGCUGUCCGUCAAAUAAAAGAUUAUGAAAGGCAAGAAGGAGAAAAACAGAGGCUAAGGCCUAUGUUCCAACGCCGAUCUUCAAUUUGAUUGCAUCAGUUGUGAUUGUCUGCAUCUUUCCUCUUCCACUGGUCAUUGUUUCAUCAAACAACAUGUAGGAGUUUGCAGAGCUUAUUAAUGCUGCUGGAAAUAUAUGGUUCCUUAACGAGAGAAGCUCUUGAAGAAUUUUAAAAAGCUUAAUCACUCAUUGAUCAUUUAGAAUGAUACUAUAUUUGUAUAGUACAUAGCAAGUAUUCUUUACACCAACACUAAGAGAUGAAAUGUGUUCCUUUCUUCUUGUAUAAAUCAUUGAACUCUUUUAUU